AUGAAGACGUUUCUGUUCCAUGCGUCUCUGCUCCUCUCGUUGUUACAAUGUGUCACCGUCCACGCCUUGGCAUCGUCGGGAGCAACCUCUGCACCAAAAACUGCCAAGCCACUCUUUUUCUCAUCGCAUUCCCAGAGGCACCCCCCCAAUACUGUGACUCUGACAUAUCUGGAGAUUAAUAGCUGGCUGCUUUCGGCCAAUGGUGUUACGAUUCUGGUCGAUCCUCUCUUGGAAGGACCUCUCGAUUUUGGAAUUCCCAGUCUGUACCAAGGAAAGAAGCGUGUCAUCCCACCAUCAGGGCUCACAGACGCACUUCCACCCAUUGACGGCAUUUUGAUUACCCAAGGACUCGACGACCACGCCCAUGUGCGCACUCUGCAAAAAAUUCACUCGUUGGACCCCACCGUGCCUAUUCUAGCACCUCCAUCGGCCAAGGGGGCAUUGAAAGCGGCUGGGUUCCUCUCCACAGAUUCUUCUGCCCAAGUUCAAUUUCUCCAUCAUGGAGAUGAAGCAGUCAUCCGGUCUCGAAGCAGCAAAGACAAUACGUCAACUCUCGGUGUAGUGGCCACCAAAGGAGCCCGGGUGGGACCACCAUGGCAGCGACGAGAGAAUGGAUACAUUCUGAGAA